AUGAUUCUGCCGCAGAUGCUCAACAUGAAGAACAUACUGCUGCAAAUCAGGAAAAUCUUAUCGUUACAACAAGCGUUUGAAGCACCAGAAUUGGUGCUCAAACGUCUCUAUGUAAAAAAAGUCAUUGAAACAACACUACGUCAUAUUGAUGUAGACCAAGAUUGUGAAAUCGGAAUUGCGUGUGUUGAUGAAGAUGAAAGUCACAAAUUAAAUUUUGAAUAUCGUGAAAAAGACAAACCCACCAAUGUAUUGUCUUUUCCAAGUGAAAUUCCAGAAGAAGUUUUACCCAUGCUCGAUGCAUUACCCAUCGGUGAUUUAGUCAUUUGCAUCCCCGUGGUUUUACAAGAGUCGAUUGAACAACAAAAGACACCGAUUGAGCAUUUCACUCAUAUGCUGGUUCAUGGCACCUUACAUUUAAUGGGUUAUGACCAUGAAACUUCUGAUGAUGAUGCUGAAGAAAUGGAAGCACUCGAAAUUGAAAUCUUGAAAAAACUAGGCUUUGAAAACCCUUAUACUGUUAAAGAAAGUUGA